AUGAUUCCUGCCGGCUUCUUCUUCCUACUCCUCCUCACAGGUGAGACAUCCGAUGAACGUAACUGCAGUUAUCUGGAUGUUUUACAGUACUUGAACUUAACCAAAAACAAAGAGAAGUUCACCAUGAUCCGGCCUGUUAAAAACUACAAAGAGCCAACAAUUGUAACACUGGAUUUGCUACUCUAUGCUAUUCUAGACGUGGUAAAGAAGGACCAGCAAUGGGUUCCUUACGUUUGGAUUGAUAUGUGGUGGAAAAAUGAAUUCCUUUCUUGGGAUCCUAAUGAUUUCUGCAACAUUACCAGAAUAUCUCUCCCCAAUGAACUGUUGUGGAAGCCGGAUGUAACUAUUGAAGAGAUGUCAGAGACGGACAGAGCCCCUCCAAACCCGUUUCUCAUCAUCAGAAAUAAUGGUGAAAUUGAAAUAACGGAUGACCAGGUGCUGGUCAGCGCCUGCAGGAUGCUCGUUUACAAAUUCCCCUUCGACAUUCAGACCUGCAACCUCUCCUUCAAGUCUGUCGUACACAAUGACAAGGAAAUACUGCUCACUGAGUAUUUCAACUCUUCAAAGAUCGUUGAGGAGACUCGCAAGUUGAUGCACAACCAAUUCGAGUGGCUGUUCGUCAACCUGACGGUUCACACAAACAACAUCACUUACUUAGACUUCAACCAAAGUGUGAUCACUUACACUAUCUCCAUCAAGAGGAGAGCUGGCCUCUACAUCAUCAACUUCAUACUGCCCAUCCUGUUCUUUGUGGGUCUGGACUUGGCCUCCUUCAUGAUCUCAGACAGCAGUGGCGAGAAGCUCAGCUUCAAGGUCACUGUGCUGCUCGCCGUCACUGUGAUGCAGCUUAUUCUGAACGAUAUACUGCCUUCUUCUUCAAACAGGAUUCCACUCAUAGCAUCCUACUGUAUUGGGAUUUUUGGUAUGAUGAUGCUCAGCCUCCUGGAGACGGUUUUGGUGAUGUUUCUGUUGCAUAAAGACAUGAAAGAAGUGGCACGAAAAGAACAAAGCGUGAUUGAGGACUUUGGGUAUAAAGAGAGCGACGUCAGCAUCAAAGUUCAUUACACAGGUCAAACACCAUCUGAAGUGCUGCCGGUGGUCAAAGAGGAAAGCAGCAGUCAGCUGAUGGAGGAGUCCCCUGACUUUGAAAAGCUGUCAUAUGAGCUGAAGGAGUUGGUGAAAAUGCUUCUGAACAGCAGGACUGAAGAAGCAAGACCUUCUGGCUACUGGAAGGGAGUUUGUAAUAAAAUCAACAGAGGGUUCUUCAUCUUCUAUAUCAUCACAUUAGCUCUGUUUUUAGUCAACAUGUUUUACAGGUGGAGUGCAGAAUAAUCACAGUACAAAAUUAAGUGAUACUUAACAGAAGUUGUAAACGGUCACUGGGUCACAUUAAUCACAUGUUGUACUAUUCCAUUGCACUCAUAUAACCUGAGGCAGUAUAUUGUUAAUCACAGCCCUUAUGUACAAGAAAUCCACCUCCACAGACAUUGAAAAACACAAGUAAAAAGAGCAUGCAGGUGUUUUGGUGUUGAAAUAUGCAUGUUAUUCUACAUAAGUGUAUCUUUAACAUGGAAUAUGGGCAAUUCUUAUUAUCCAACCUAAAAAAAUAUUGACAACAUUUACUUAAGUACAAGCAAUAAACAGCAGACCAUCAGAAGCUCUACAUGGCAAUCACGCUUAUGCC